ACAGAGUGUUUCUUGAAGGUCGAGUGAGUGUUUACCGCUGGGUUCCAGUGUUGUCCUUGGAGUGUUUUAUAAUGUCUGCUUAGUUUGUGCCACCUAAACGCGCCACUAACUAAAUUUUUGAUGGACAAUUCACAGUUAUAUAGUGACGAUGUUGUAAACAUUGCUAACUCCCUGUUGAGUGAUCUUAAGAAUAGCUAUCAAAUUUGGGAAGAUCUCGUCUCUAAAUGUGGCAAAUUUCACUCAGCCCUAAAGUAAAACUCUGUAUUCUCUAACGUUUUUCCAAGGGCUGCUACCCAAGCGUCAUCCGCUUUCCUGGAUGCUUUUCAGAAGGUGGCGGAUUUGGCCACAAAGACUUUUGGCGGCAGCAAAGAAAUUGGUGCAUGCCUAACCCGCUAUUGCAUGCGACAGAAAAGUCUAGAAUCUAAAGUGAAGUCUAUGAGCAAUCAUUUGGUCACUAGCCUUGCCAACCCUCUCAGUUCAAAAGUAGAUGAAUGGCGGCGUAACUUAUGCCUACUGGAAAAAGACAGAGCUCGUCAAACAAAAAGGGUGCGUGCAGAAUUAAAGAAAGCUCUGGCUGAAGCACAAAAAUGGGAGAAAAAGGCUGCCAAAAUCGGUAUUAGUGGUAGUGGUGGUGUAGGACCAGGCGUAGGUCAUGGUAUCAUACCUUCACCAAAUCUUGGAUGUUCCAAUUCUGAGUCUAAUGCAGUUAACACACAAGCCGCAAAAGCUGCACGUGAAGUCGGAAUUAAAAAGGAGCUGGUCGAAAAUACUGAGAAGUCUGCUAUUCGCUUGUUGCUUCUUGAAGAACGAAGCCGGUUUUGUUUUUUCGUAUCCUGUCUUCUUCCAAUCCUUGAGUGCCAGUCAAGCAUGUUAAAUGAAAUAGCCACUAUGGAUGAGCUUAUUCAAAGUCUAACAAAGGAAACUGAAUAUCCGAACCAGUUAGUUGAAGAUGUAGAGUCUAUUGUAUUAAGAAUGGGACGACGUGAUAUCUCUGUUUCUUCUCGAGCCAGUAGUAAAACUAUAUCAGUAUUUUUACCAGAUACAGGAGGCAAGAUGGGUAAUAUGAAUGACAUUUUAGGCGGUUUAUUUUUGACUAACAAUAAUCGAAAUUGUGUCAAUUCAAGUGAUACAGAGUCUGGUCGACAUUGUACUGACAUGUUGCCAUUUCACCUUCGUCGGGAAUCUAAUUCAGUUGGUCGAUGCAAUUCUGUAUGUGAUAGUGGAGACGUUUCUCUUUGUGGAGCAAGUUCACAUAGCGGUAGUGGUGGAAGUAAUUGUCCAUCUCUCCUAUCUCCUGUGCGUAGCAAUAUCGCUCAUUUGGGUAGCCGUGAAUCAAGUCUUAUUUCUGUGGAUAGUGCAGCUUCUGGAAGUGGAAAUGCAAAUCCUUCAUAUUCUAUUGGAAUGUCAAAUGCAAAUGUACCGCACUCCGAUUCUGAGGAAACACAGUUUAAAACUUUAUGCAGACCAGGUCAUUAUCGUGCUGCAAGCAAUGGGGAUAGUGAUUUUUCAAAGCAUUUAAAAAGUGGUUUUCGUCAUCAUAACAGAGGGGAUUCCAUGAUAGCGAAAUCAAUGAUUGCCUUUAAUCCACAAUCGGAACUAAGUGAAAAUUUAACUACUACUGAUGAUCAAAGUUGUCCGACGAAAGGAAGCGAGCAUGAUGUCGACAGUGUAGGAGGAGACAAAAGUGAAAAUGAUGAUGUGAACAAAUUAGACGUGAAUACUGGUUUGGAUCGGGACGAUAGUAAUGGUGAUGAUGAUGACGAUGAUGAUAAUGAUGUUGGUGAUGAAGAUGAAGGAGAGUAUGUUGCAGUUGGCAAUGAUUCUAGCGGUAAUGCAUCAUGUUUACCAGAUGAUUCCACAUCUCAGGCCUUAUCUAACUCUGCGAAUCAACAUUUUCCAUUGGAUAAUUAUGCACUCAGUACUAGUAGUGGCCCUCCAGUGCCAAACAGUGGUCGUCAUACAAUAAGCUCUGCAUACGAGCGUGGAUGUCACGCUCCUACACGUGCUCCUAUAAUGGCUUUGUCUUUCAAUCCUCCUGUUGGAAAAGCUUCUUCCAAGGACAGUGGUGUUGAUUCAUCUGCUGUACUAUAUCCGAAACAAGCUGUACCACCACCGGUCUACACAAAUCUUACUCAAUUAGCGCAUGCAGCUCAACGUAAAUUCUCUAUGUCACAGUUGCCUAUUAUUCAUUCCUAUGAAAAUGUUGAUAAUACUACAUUAGAAAGACUUCGUUAUGCCAAGAAUGAUAUAAAAGCCACUUGUCAUCACUACCCUCAUCAACAGAUGCAUCAUAAUUCAAUGUCUACGAAUACAACACAAAAUCAAGCCAUGCAUAGUACUCAAAAUGGUAACUAUACUAACUGGUCUGCUUCAGGAAGCUUGAAUAAACUUCACGUAAAUGAUUCCGGAUUAAACCCAUCACGUGGUGGAGAACAGUACACUGAUCCAUCAGCAUUGCUACAGAAUCAAAUUGAUAAAUUAUCUAGUAAUACAAGUUUAUCUAGUUCUUGUUUCAGUUCAAAACAUCAUUUGGACAAUGUUCCAGGUCCUGAUGGUGGCACUAUCACUACUGUCAGCAACCUGCCGGGUCAUCAAACCAAUGGAACAGAUCCAUUUAGUAUAGAGAUGGAAGAACUUGAUCAAGUCAUGCCAGGUUCCAGUCGAGGUUCAUCUCUUACAAUGGCCAGUUCAACAACUAAUGAUUCACUGCCUAGUUCUAAUGGCAGUCCAGCACUAGUAAGUUAUCAUGCGAAUGCACGGCGAUCAGUCUCAUCGAAUCCGCCUUACUCUCAGAAUUCUCUAGUCAGUGAACAAUCUUUAGAGAACAAAUUACACUAUGCAACUCCUGUGGUCAAAAAUUCAUCUCAAUGCUCUGCUAGUCAAAUGUCCAAUCUUAUGCGACACUCUACAUUGGUCAGUAAUCAAGUUUGUAUCAAUAAUCAAGCUAAUUCGUAUACUGGAUAUGAAACAAAAGACAUAUCCAAUGGGAAUUUGUCGUCAACAUCACCACCACCUCCGCCUCCGCCUCCUCCUCCACUUCCCAUUUUUUCAAAUCAAUUGUCAAAACCAACUGUUCCGUCUUCUCAUUCAUCACUUGAAUUGAAUCCUUCAAAUUCACCGUGUUACACAGUCAAGUCUGCAGCAUCAUCAGAUCUAGUCUCUGUAGAAACAGCUAAUCUCAUGUCUGAAUUGUCGUCUCAAUUACAACAACUUGCAGCGCGUACAAAUGAUAUCCGCUUCUCACCAUCGAAAACAAAUCCUAUUAGCACCGAUGUCAGUGAUGAACAUAAUAAAGAAUGUGUAAGAUAUGAUGAAUUUGAUCUACCACCUCCACCACCAUCAUCUAUGUUCACUGAACAGUGUUAUACCAGUAGUCAACACAAACAAGGAUAUUCUGUAAAUCAACUUGCUACCGAUACUACUACUGCUAGUACAACUGAUUCCACUGGUGGACAAGAAGAAUCAGAUACUAAUUUAUCACCUUUUCUACUGGCACUUAAGCAAAGUGUAAAGCAAAGAGCUGAUCGUUUAGCUAAUCAAAAUUCAAUGAUCAAUUAAUCAAAGAUGAACUGAGUUCUUUUUCCCAAGCGUUUUAUAUUAUCAUUUUCAUUUUGUAAUACAAUAGGCUACAUUUUGAAUAUAUAUAUAAGAAACCUUACGGGAUACGCUACUGGGUGAGUGGAUUCUAGGGGACCUAUAGCUGUUCCUGGAUAGGAGUUUUAACGUGUUUUUUUCGACAACUCAUUCCUAUAUUUACGACGAAAUUAUAGAUUGAAUGUUAUUGACCUGUCUGUUUUCUCUUACCUCUUACUCAUCCUUACGAUUGUUGCAGUCAUCUUUGUCCUCCAUCUCACUAGUGGAUAUUUGUUUUUCACAAGAGUGACCGAUACAUACACAAUUAAUGCAUAAUGUUAUUGAAACAUUUACUGUGAGUGAAAUAUGAUGUGUAUUCAAUGCCGCGUACAACUGUUGUUCAUGUCAUUUGAACUGAAUUCAUCAUUUAUCGUGUUCAUUGUAAAUAAAAACAAAAUUAUCAUUAUUUCGUUUAAUUUUAUGGAUAUCCAGAAUUUUCUCAAUUGCUUUAUUGUAGCGUCUAAUGUUAUCGUUUCUUUACUCUUCUUAUGGAUAUAAAUCUUAUGAUCAUUAUUGUCAUAUUACUUAUUUUAGUUAGUAGUAUCGCACAUGCUAUAUUUACAUACAUUGCUUUGCGAUAAUCAUUUCACCAGCAAUUUUUUCAGUAGAAAAUUCAUGCUCUUAUCCAUUCUUCACUUAUUUUAGCUCUUCUAUAAUGCAUAUCUUUAACUAUCCGUCGUUUUAGCUUUUCUCCUUGUUCUGUUCUCUGUAUUCCACUUUUCCGAAUUACGACAAGAUGUUUAGAAGAAAUAAACAUUAUAACAGGUAAAGGUUUUAUUGACGACACAUCAAGACAGGAUCUGGCAGAAAAUGUUCAUCGGAUUCAGUUGCAUUAUCAACACAUGUGUAUAUUGUGUGUCAUGUAAACACACAUACACCAUCGAUCUUAUGUAUUUCUUGAUAUGAUUGAAUUCUGAUUGUCAUAUUUCACAGUACACGAUUGCGUUUCUUUCUUUCUGUGAAACAAAAGGAAAUCUUAACAAGUAACGAGCUUCCAGCACCAUUCAACAUUACUUUGUGUAUGCCUCACCGGAUAACGGUCAACAUACUAACUCAUAGGUUACAGUAUAUAUUUUAUAAGAAUGAUUCUCAUGCGUCCUUGUCUUUUAUCCGAAGUAAACUUCAUCACUAUGACAAGAGACAUGCAAACUGAUUCAUGUUUUCAGCAAAUUGCGACAAUGGCUAUAACUUUUAUGACUUUUUUUACCAGGAUUAUUUGCAGCGAAGAGCGUGAAUGAAUUCUAGAUUAUUCUUCUUUGUCUGUUCCUAUUUCACCGUAUUCAUCUGCACGUGUGUGUGUGUACGUCAUCUGUACGAUUUGCAUAAUAUAAUGUUAUCAUCUUUAUAAUGUCAUAUACGAAUAUUGUUUAUUACAUUCUCUUCCACUUUAUAUGCCCCUCCCCUUUACUGCUGUUCUAUUUUUUGUCACCAUAUAGAAUGACCUAUAAGCGCUCGAGCGAGGGAGUGGUCAAUGUGUUUCACAGCUCUCGUUUGCUUUCUCUCUCCCGUUUUUUCUCUCUUGAACUAACUGUUCACAAGCUCAUGCGUAUGGUAAUGUUGAACAAUAUAUAUGCGUUUUGUGCUGUACGAAGUCGACCUGUUCACAUUUAAUGUUUUUUUAUACAAGAUGUUAAUGUGUUCUAAAAAGUUGCAUUUUGUCUACUUGAUUUUUAUUAUUAACAAAAAAGGACAAGAAUAUGUUAUGUAAAGUCUCCAAAAUUCGAUUUUAUUCGUUAUUUACCUGAAGCUCUUUAUGGAUUUUUAUUGUUAAUAUAAAACAAUCUUCACAGCAAAAAUGAAUGGUAAUCGGUACC